AUGAAACUAUUAUUUUCGUGGAGUAAAAGCAGCCUAAUUCUAGUGCUGAAAAAAACACAAUUAAUUAGACUUAUUUGGAAAAUAAUCCUAUUAAAAGUCAUCAGAUAAAUCUAUAGAUUUAGAUUGGAAAUGAAAAGGAAAAACCUUUAAUAAAGAGAAAAAUUAAAAGAGACAGUUGAUGUUAUACAAAAAUAUUAUUAAGAAUGUUGGGAAACAAUGAUGACAGAACUUUCAUUUUGGCGUAAACUAUCCCUUUAAAACACAGGCUGUUUAAUUGAAACUGCGAUUUACCAAGAAGUCCACGCCCAGGAGUGAGUCGAUAAGCAAAUCCAACGUCAGAAGACUUACUCUUUGUUCAACCUGACAACUGAACUGACGGCAGUGUUUUAUCCUGAGAGAUACAAGGUGAAUCAGAUCUAACGUCAGAAUUCUUACCUGGACAUGUGACAGCUAAAUCGACAGCAGUGUUCUGUCCCACAGACAUUAUCCUGAGAGAUUAAAGGGAACUAAGCUGACGAUCUUUGAUCUUUGUGAGAGCAAAUCUGUCAAUGGCAUCACAGACCAUAAACUUCAUCACUUGGAAUGUUAAUGGACUUAAGCAACACAGAAAUCAGAAAUUUCAAGAACUACAAAAUUCUGAUGUUAUUUUCUUUCAAGAGACACACAUUGGAGUAGGAGAUGAAAAUAUUAUAGAAGACUAUAAAGAUAAGUGGCAUAUUUUUUACACAAAGUAUACCUCCUCUAGCAAGGGAUCAGCCAUACUAGUGAGGAAAACACUAGAUUUCAAAUACAUAAGUGAUGAAAAACAUAACAGGGGAGCAUAUGUUGUGUUGAAAUGUAUACUGGAAGGUCAGGCGUACACUCUUGUUAGUGUUUAUAAUCAUCACACAGACACAAAAACCCUUGAUAAACUUUCAAGGUACCUUCAGUCAAUGACCACAGGGCUGCUGGUGAUUGGUGGAGAUUUCAACACAGUUCUCAAUAGAUUUAUUGACAAAAAAUGGAACAAGUUGACAAUAAACAGUACUCAUAAUAAAUUGCUGUUAUUUGUGGAGAAUUUCAUGAAAUCUCUUCAGCUGGUUGAUGUCUGGAGAAGAAAGAACCCCAUAAAACAGGAUUAUACAUUCUACAUAAAAGAUUGUCCUUCAUCCAGGCUGGAUUACUUAUUUGUUCCAGAAGAAUGUAUGUGGCGUGUCAGAAGUUGUGAAAUAAGAGACUCAAAGAUAAAUGAAAACAAAGACCAUCGGCCUGUGUCUUUAGAGAUCAACGUCCCUGCGAUGCCUAUUCAGAAUGUUCCCCAGAUACAAACAAUCUUCCAAUGGCUGAAUCUAAAAAAGGAUCUUUUGACAGAUGAGAUGGGUUCAUCGAUGGGGGAAGAAAACCCGCAGAAAAAUGCGGUCAGUGAAGUUGAGAUUGUGUCAGCUGUACAUUCUCUUCAAGUGUCAGACACACCGAGACCAGAUGGAAUUCCAGUUUCCUUCUAUAAAGACAACAUUCAGGAUUUAAUUCCAUACAUAAAGACACUCUAUGACAGAAUCCACAGAGGUGGAUUUAACUGCUCUGAGAAACACUUUAAUGAAACUGUGAAAAGUCCACAUGAUGAUAGUCAACACUUUUUUAAUGUUGACUUCCUCAUCAUUGCAACUGUUCUGGCAAGACAUCUAGAUGAUGUCAUUGAGUCCCUUCCAAAGGGGCGGAUACCAAAAGAGUCGGCAACUGUCAUGAUCACUCCCAAAACACAUUAUGCUUUAAUAAGUUUGAGUCAUAUUAAGGAUGAGUUAGAACAGCAAAAACAGUCAAACCCGACUCUGAACCAGGAUCUCCUCAUUAUAGAAAAUCUCCUCAGUGAUGCAAAAGAACAUUUUUCAGUUGAGAAAUACAAACUUCUACAUCAGGGCUGCCCUUUGACCCCAGGACUCAUAAUGUUGGCUCUAAAAAGCUACGCUUCACAGUUAUUUGGACAUUUAGAAAAGUCUGGGGUUUUUAUUUCCAAACAAAGUGUGAUAGUUUGCUUUCAGCCUGAGGACCUAGAAAUGGUCAAAGCUACUGUGGAGAACAAUACUAAUGAAGUAUAUGAAAUAGAGAUAUUAUCCAGAGGAAAUGGUGAACUGCUACAAUUAAACUGCAUAGGAAAUGAUUGUAAGGAUGAGGACUCGGAAAAAUGGGACACAGACAUAUUUGGGAAUAAUGGCGAAGAAUCAGAAGAAAAUUGCUCUAAAGCAGAUGAAGGGGAUGAUGGGAGUAAGGUGUAUGAAGAGAUUGAAUAUAAGUCUGAAAUCUAUGAGGAAGAUGAAUCAAUGGAAGUCGAUGUAAGUAGAUCAGCCAUUUCUGGACAACCAAAAGAAGAGAUGGAAGCAUUUAACUGGAUGAAGAAUACACCUCCUCUUCUUCCUGUACCAUUACAAUCUUCCUCUGAGGGAUUUUCCAUCCAUCCCACAAUGACUAGCCAAGGUACUAAAAGAAAGCGUGAUCAUGAAUCAUCCGACUCGAGUAUAGAGUCACCGCUGACAACAGAUAUGAUCAUGGAGAAUGUGAGGCAAAUUAUGAAAAGAUUCACCAAAAACUCAGAUCAAAUAGAUAAAGGCAACAGGAAGAAGGCAACCAUUGGUAUUUCUGGAACAUCAGGAGAAGGAAAGAGCUCCCUAUUAAGUGCAAUAUUGGGGAAAAAGGAUCUUCUGCCAUCUGGUUGUUUUGGUGCCUGUACAGCUGUUGUUACUCAGGUGGAAGCCAAUCUGACUGACUCCAACUACAUAACAGAGAUUGAACUCUUCUCUAAAGAGGAGUGGGAUAAAGAGCUCAAAGAUCUUUUCAGUGUUUUGUCGGAUGAAAGUGAGGACAGGGAUGAUGAAUUGUAUGAAAUUGCUGUAGAAAAGAUCAAUGCGGUGUAUGGUAAUGAUGCAGACGAGAAAACAUUAGAAGAGCUCAAGAAUGAUGCCAAAUUUGCUAAGAUUGAAUCCUUUUUGUCCACUAAUAAGGAAAAAUCAAACAGUUUCUCAAAAAGUGAUGUCUCUGAAUUUGCCAAGUAUGUUGCAAGUUACAUACAACACAGUGAGUCAAGUUCCGGUGGCUGGUACUGGCCGCUUGUGAAGAGUGUGAAGAUCAAGAUUCCCGAUUGUCGUGAACUCCUGGAACACAUUGUGCUUGUUGAUAUUCCUGGAUCUGGAGACUGCAAUAAGAUUAGAGAUGAUCUGUGGAAAUCUAAACUAAGAGAGUGCUCUUCUGUGUGGAUUAUUAGUGCUAUCAAUCGAGCAAUCACUGACAGUGCCCCCUGGGGGAUUUUAAAGCACUGCACUGAAGAACUGGGACCAGGAGGAGAAUGCAAAAGCAUCAACUUCAUCUGUACAAAGACUGAUGACAUCGAUCCAGAAAACUAUGUUAGAUGUGCACAGCUUCCUACAGACCAAAUCCCAGAAGACAAGGAUCAGAAAAAAGUAAACAUACUUGAUAGAAAUGAAAAUGCCAAGAUGAAGGUCAAAAAAAAGUUUAAAAAAUCUAAACUUAAGAAAAUAUUCAGUACUGAUGAUCAGUUUCAAGUUUUUACUGUAAGUUCCAAAGCAUUCUUCGACCCCAGUUUAAAUCUGGAAUCUUGUGAAACAGAAAUUCCUAAACUGCAGGAUGAACUGAGGACUCUUAACAAGAGCAUGAAUCGAGAACUGGUCAGAGAUUAUGUCAAUGAGGCAAAGGGAACUUUGCUCUUAAUUCAAAGUGGCCAGCUGGAUGUAGACAAGAAAAUGAUGGAAAUGAAAGUUGUGGAAUUAGAGGAAAACCUAAAGAUGUCACUAAAUGAACUGGGCAAAUAUUUUGACAGCAUUUAUAGUGAUCUGGAGCAGUGUCUCUCAAAGGGAGUGGAUGAAUCAGAGAAAUCAUGUGUUGCUUCCACAAAGAAAUUGAUAGCACCCAAUAAAGAUGGAAGGGGGUUUCAUAAAACCCUUGGAGCUUUGUGCAAGAACGACGGAUGCUAUUCGUCAAAAAAUCGGAAUACAGUUUUAGACCUGAACAAGACAUUGGCCAAACAUUUGCAUGAAUGCAUUGAUGAAGAUUUCAGUAAGAUUUUUCCUGUUACUGAAACAACAGGGAUGUCAGUGCAGGAACAGAUUAAUAAGUUUAGUAUCAUCCAGAGUGACUCUGCUAACCCCUCAUCUCCCAUGCAACACUUUGAGGACUUCAUUAAAACUGAGGAAACAAAAUUGACUACAUUGCUCAGUGGAGACAUUGUUGACAUGAAGAAGCUCAUCUACUCAUCAAUACAAAUAACCAUUCAAAAUAAAAUGGCUUCUUGCUAUGAAGAAGCUGCAGCAGUGACUGGAACCGGAUCCAUGAAGAGAAGGCAAGAUCUGCUAAUAACCACAGUCGAUGAGAUAAAACAUGACAUGUUCAACAAAGCAAAAAUGAAAGUGCUUAAAAAGUUGAAUAACUUAAAGCUGCACAUAAUGGAUGCUCUUGAAAAAAAACUAAAGAAAGCAAUAGAGCGCUCACAAUCACAAACCAGCAAAAUCAUAAGAGAGGAUGUCUCUGGAUAUAUUGAACAGCUGGAGAGACUGUCUGAUCAACUGUCUGACUGAUGGGAAUCAAGCAAUAAGAAGCCCAAGAAAAACAGAAGAAACAAACAUAUAAAAAUAAAGUGUAACAAUUUCAGUAUGUGUUUUAUUUAGUUUUACAACAAAUAUUUUAUUUCUUUACUUAUAUUUAUUUGUCCAUGUUGUUUUAUUUUUUUCUUUACAUUUGUUUGGUGGAAGAUGUACUUUAUCUUAAGUUGUUAACUUUUAUCAAAUUUCUCUGAACUUUGGGAUUUAUUUUAGGGUUGCAUGAAAUAAAUUACAUAUUGGUUUGUUGCUCUGUUUUCAUUCCAACUGUUUUACAGCAAGAUAUUUAAAAACUGUAAGAAUAAAUAGGCUCUCAGCUUGCAGGAAUUUUAAGGUUACAUGAUGUAUUAUGAUAAUCUGACAAUAUAAUAAUAGCUUUCCUUAUAAUAGACCUUAUGAUAAUCUGUCCAUUUGUUUAUCCAAUAUGCUUUGUAAGUCUUUGUUUCAUGAUACAUGAAUAUGCAUUAAAAGAUACAGAAAAUAAUCUAAACAAAAAAUGUAGCUGUCCUAUUUUCAAGAAACUUUUAUUGGAGAUUUACUUUAUAGAUUGGAUGUUUACACAUUUCUUGUUCUCUGUUCUUUAUACAUUUAUGAUGUCAAACAUUAUUAAACAUUAUUCUUACAUCUAUCAUAA